AGUUGGUGGUAAGAUGUGGCGGUGUGGAGUUGUGCUAUUUACAUUAUUGGUGGUGACCAGCACCAUCGAUGUGCGGCUGCUGCGGCGGUACCAUGGAUCGUCUGCUAAGGUGGAUUGUUUCGAUCUACCUGAACCGAGGGAUUUAAAGUUUUUCAAACAUCUCGAUGGAGCUGUGUGGCGAUCAAAAAAGUCAAGGAACCUCCAUCCUAUAAAAUAUCGUGCUACACCCAGCACAAGGUUACCAUCGCGUCGGAUCGACCUCGUCUUCUCAAAUAAGGAAGACAUAGUCAAAGAGCAUGCAAAACUGGUGCAAGACAUCAACAGUCUCCGCCAAGUGCUAUACGUGCCCCCCCUGGCGGACGAUUUGAAGGACUACGAGGACUCAAUAUUCCACGAGAUUCUGGAAACUUCCACGACGCCCAGACCCGGGCCGACGCCCACGAAGCGCGCGAAGACAGGUAUUCCAAUUCUCUUGGUAGGUGGCGCUAGUAACAAGGUGAAGGGUCAGCCAGUGAAGGUGACAAAACAGACGUAUAGUUUGGUCGGGACAUCAGUGUCGCCAGUUGUUAAGCAUCCAUAUCCCUUUGUAACUACGCCGACCAGGUCACCCAUACGGGUGUGCAUGGCAACCCCAGUGUCGUAUGCGUCAAAACGACCCACCUUAUGGGAGCGUAUUGUUAACACCAUUAUACCUAGAUAGCUUUAUAGAAUAUGUACUUGAUUAUAGGUUUAGUUAGUCUAAGAUUCUCAGUUUUACUCCAAUAAUGUAUAUAUAAUAUAUGUUAAAAUAAUAACUUGUGCUCGCGUCAACCUUUUUUACUUUAAAUGAAUAGUCCGAGGUAAUAAAAUGCGCUAGGGAUUAAUUAAUAGCAUUCUGUCGUAUUAAAUAUUUAAUAUUAUUUAUAUAAAAUAAUAUGUUUUUUGUAAGGAUAUCUACUGGCAUUCAUUUAACUUUACUUAACUAGACUAGUAAUUGUUAAUAUGUUAAAGAAAGUUAGUUGCAUACCCCUAAAUAUCUUUCAUCAUCUUUCAAUAAAGCUAAAGCUUGGUUCCGUUCAGAUAUCGUUCUAAAUCAAUAUCCAAAAAUUCUAAUUUCUUAGAAAUUUCCUGUCCAAACACGCUCUUAUUAAUAGAAGUAAUGCUUUUAUUAAUAAAUAGUUGUGAUGAUGAGUUGAAUAUUCUACCAAAUGCGUGCCAAA